AUGGUGCACUCCUUUCAGGAGGGUGUGCUGCAGCAGCAGGCGGCCGAAGGUCGGGCCAAUGAGCCGGAAACUCAGACCAAGUCAAGCCCCGAAGCUCAACCUCGGGAAGCUGGGAAAGUGCUUCAUGUAAGGGGGGGUGGCAUGCCGGGCCAGGCUUUGGCAGUUAACCAGAACGCUGCACGGCCCGACGGCGCGGCCCUGAGCACCGCGGUCGCCGAGCUCGAGCGGUGUUUGGCGAUCAACCAGGAGCUGCAGGCGGCAAACCAGGAGCUGCAGCAACGGCUGACCUCGAGCAAAGCGAUGCUGGAGCAACGGGACGAGCUGAUCCGCCAGAAUAAUGUGUUACUACGCGCCGCCACGCAAGCCAAGGAGGCUGCGCAGCAAAAGGCGAACGAUCUGGAGAUGCGCGUGUCGGCCAACAUGCGGACGAUUGCGACGCUGUCGACGGAGAUUGCUGAGAGCCGUGAAACGGAGCGCCUGGUGGCCAGCGCGCUGCUCCCGGAGGGCGACGGCGAGGCGCGGCUGGAGACGUUCCAGAGGCGCGUGCGCGACGCGCUCAACCGCCGGCGUCCUGCCGGGGGGGAGGUGCCCCGUCUUCCAGUGAGCUUACCGGGUCACUUUGGCGUUGAUCCCGCUCCCCCCUUCGCUCGAGGGACCCACUCUCCCCCCGGCGAUGCAAAACCCGGGGGGGGGCUCCACAUGAACGGACCCCCACCCCUCUUUCUGGCGACCUCAAUAAAACAUGUGCCCCCCCCUCCGUCAAUGGACCAGCGGGCCUGGGAGAAUGACGCGCUUCGAGGCACGCGGAACGGAAAUGCGCUCCAGGGGGGGGAGCCGGGCUGGUGGGGAGGGCCGCGAGGGACCCCCCAUUCAGAGGGGCUUCGCUUGGAGGCGGCGAUGCGAGAAUGGGGCAGCAAUGGUGGGCGGGCGGGCACUCAGGGUGACCAAUCUACGGUGCAACCCCUGGAACAGGGGGAUCCGAGCAGGCCCCACAACGCACCCCCCCAAAAUAAUUUGAGUCUAGUGGACUUGGUUGGUUCGAUGGAGUGGCUGGCUCGGCGGCAGCAGGCACAACAGGGCCCCGCCGUCUGGCCUGGAGGGGGGGUCCCAGGAGGAGAGAUUCACUCCCCCGGAGGGGACGAAACGAAAUGGGGGGGCGAGUCUAUGGGCGCCCAGCAUGCUGGGGGGAUCAACUUCAAUCUGCUGAACGGGCUCGCCACCGGGGGGGGGAGCAAUCGGCUACGACUGAGUCCCAGCCACAACUCUGCGUUUUCCGCACCGGCCAGCCGGGGGGUGAACCUCACGCCCAUCCACCCCCCCAUCACGCUGGCCGAGAUCUUGGCGCGCCCACAGAACUCUUCUCAGGGGGGGGCGAUGCAAUCGAGCCCCAGUAGCACACGGCUGGAGAAACAGCCCUCCGGGCAGUCGCAGGAGGUGUCGAAAAAGCGUUCCAGGGGGGGUAGGGGGCUGAAAGCGAAGGACGGGGAGGGGGACGGGGACCCCCCCGACUGUGAGGAGGCGGUCGCGAAGCGGGGCGCAAAGCCCCGGGGAAAAAGGGAGUGUCCGAUGUGCGGGAACCUGCUGGCGGCCGCAGCGGCGGACUGUCCGAAAUGCGGGCACAUAUUCCGGCCGUCAAAGUGGAACACACGCGCAACGCAAGGGCUUCUCGACGAGUCCCCCCGCGGUGCGAGACUCGCGCUGCAGCGCCCACCUAGCGAGGGGGGCAUGCUGCCGCAGCUGAGUCUUCGAAUGGGCCCGCACUCCGAGGGGGGGGCUCGAGAAGAGGUCGGCGAACACCGCUGGCGCCCAGAGGGUGGGGGAUUCCUCCCGUGCCGUGGCCUAGAAAUGGGGGGGGCACCACCCGGUUGGUGGCAUAGUGGGGGGGCAAGAGAUGAGUCUAGCUCGCAUGGGGGCCACGCCGCGUUUACGCAUCUGAUGGGGGGGGUGAAGGAGCAUGCCUCGGAGCAGGGGGGGCCAGCGGUAGGCAAUCCCACCCCCCCGAACUGGGCGCUCGAGGCGUUUGCUACCAUGACCGGGGUGAAAUACUCCGGGGAGGGGCAGGGUGCGGGCGCUUUCGGGAAUGGGGGGCCGCAUGCGCCGGACUGGGGGCGGCAACCGGGCGGAAUGCAGCCAGAGACAAGCGCCCGGGGGAUGCCUGGACCCGAGCGGAAUACUGGUGGAGGAAGGGGGAAGAAAAGAAAAGCAGCCGCGGCGACGCAGGGACCACUGCAGUCCUCCCGAACAGGGCCUAUUACGCAUGUGUUCAACUGGGGGGGGGAUCUUCGAGGAGGGCGUCCAAAAGCGCACGCGGCGGAAGAGAGUAACCCGAAGGAUGGGCCGGAGGUUGAGCUGUCUUUGGCAAGCCCGAACUCGGGGCAACCCCGGGGGACGCGGGAGCCACACAUGCAUAGCGAAGCUCUUGCAGCGGCAAGUGCACAUGGACUGAAUCUGAAUGGAGCGCAAAUUGCGGGCUACGUGAACACGUAUCCGAACACCGACCGGAACACCUUGGGCUGGGGGCGAGAAUUAGAUCUGACCAAAAAGUAGGGUAAGUUGAGCGAAUGAGUUUGACACAUCGUGCGGCAUGCGGACCCGGUGAGCUCAAAGGAUGGAUUGAAAGGUGUCAAGAUCUUGCAAAAGGUCUCGUGAUGAGGUCAGAUAACGUACAAGGUGAUCAACAAAGAAAGCCAGUGUUUCAACCGGAAUUUCUCUGAGGUAAUAUAGGACUGAUUAUUCUACCGCAAGAGCUAUACGAGGUGACAAUCAAGUGUGUUCACGAUUGCCAGCAGAUGUUUCGGUGCGGAGCCCGUGUAUGGUGAAUUGACAACAAAGUCAACCUUCGUGAUGGUCGG